AUGCCCAAGGUCAAGCAGAAGAAGCGCAACAGCGCUUCUCAGUCCCAUGCAUUUUCUGAUGCCGCCGCCAAAACUAAGGCUGCCAAUAGCAUCUUCAAAAUGAACACAGAUAUCGGCCAGCACGUCUUGAAAAACCCGGGUAUCGCUGCGGCCAUAGUCGACAAGGCAGAGCUCAAACAAAGCGAUGUCGUCCUUGAAAUUGGUCCCGGAACCGGUAACCUGACGGCUAAGAUUAUGGAAAAGGCCAAGAAGGUGAUCGCGGUGGAAUUGGAUCCUCGUAUGGCCGCCGAGGUGACCAAACGCUUUCAAUCUACCCCGGCCCAAAAACGUCUGGAUGUCAUUCUGGGAGACGUGAUGAAGACCGAGCUUCCAUAUUUCGACGUGUGCAUUAGCAACACUCCUUAUCAGAUUUCUUCUCCUCUCACCUUUAAACUGCUGGCUACCUCACCGGCACCCCGGGUCUGCAUUCUCAUGUUUCAACGGGAAUUCGCGUUGCGGCUGUUUGCCAAGCCCGGCGACAAACUAUACAGUCGACUGUCCGUCAACGCCCAAAUGUGGGCGAAGAUUGAUCACAUUAUGAAGGUCGGCAAAAACAACUUCAAGCCCCCGCCGCUGGUUGAGUCAAGCGUGAUCCGCAUGGUUCCCAAGAACCCGCGGCCGCAGAUCAAUUAUGAGGAGUGGGAUGGGCUCCUGCGAAUCGCAUUUGUUCGAAAAAACAAGACGCUCCGGUCCAGUUUUAUCGGUACCCCGAGCAUCAUGAACAUCUUAGAAGCAAACUAUCGGACUUGGUGCGCACAGAACGACAUCCCAGUCGAGGAUGGUCCGGCUGAAACCGCCGAUGGCGAUGCAAUGGAUAUGAGCCACGAGCAGGGCGAUGACGAGGGACCCGACGAAACCAUGGACAUGGAUGAGGACGACGAUGUUCCGGAUUUCUUCAAGGAAGAGACUAGUCGCAUGCAGGAAGCGCUGAAGAACCAGCCCGCACGCAAAAAGCGAGGGAAGGUCGCGGAGCUCGUCCGCGAGAAAGUGCGCCAGGUCUUGGAAGACGAGAGCGGGCUUGCUGACAAGCGGGCAAGAAUGUGUGAUGAAAAUGAUUUCCUGAAGCUGUUGUGGGCGUUCAACCAGAAAGGCAUCCAUUUCAACUGA